UCAAGGACAACAAAAUGGCUGAAUGCUCAAACGGUAACCUGGAAAGAGAUAUUGUAAAAUGCGGAAUUUGCCUUUCAGCUUUUACAAAACCUGUUCUUUUGAGUUGCUUCCACAUUUUUUGUACACCGUGUGUUACUAAAUUGACGGAGGGUAAGGACACAUUGAUUUGUCCGUUAUGUAGGGCGGUACAAGUACUUCCAAACAAUGGUGUUGAUGGUUUAACCCUUUAUCCGUUCACGCAAGAUGCAGGUCCGCCUGACACGAACGUUAUGGUACUAUGUCAGAUGUGUGACAAUGACAUAAUCGCAGUUUCUAAUUGUAUCGAUUGCAACAGUAAGAUGUGUUUGCAAUGUUCUGCAUAUCAUCUUAAGCAUAAAAUAUUUAAGACUCACAAAACGGAAAAAAUAGAAAUUGAAUGUACCGAAAUCGAAGCAACAGAGACAAAAAUGUCAGAAGAUGACACUUGUAAAUCGCACAAAGAGGAACUUACACUUUUAUGUGAAUCCUGUAAUAGAGCAAUUUGCAAUGAAUGCAUAAAACAAAAUCACAGAUAUCAUAAAUUAGAACCAAUAACAUUUCCUGCCAAAAAAAGAAGAGACUUUCUGCAAUCAGCAAUUAGCGCAUUGAAAUCAAAGAUCACUGCAAUAAACCAAAAGAAAGAAAUUUCCAAAUUUGAGGAAAAUAUCUACUAUAAAUUAUGUAGACAAGGAAAAGAAGAAAUAAGAACGCAUUCCAAGAGAUCAAAAGACACUGUCUGCCAGAUUAUUGAUAUUUUAACGGAUAUCAAUUUGCAAGAAAUAGAUAAAAUGCAGAAACAAGAUAUAAAAUCAAUAAAUAAUCACCAAGAUGAACUUGAGACGAUAACAUUGUCUUUGCAGUGCUUGCUAAGAAGCUCCGAAGACAUUGUAAAUCUAAGUCGUGAUGGGAAGUUGUUUAACGAUUAUGCAUUUCUUUACCAGACAUUACUUAGUGCAGUUACACAGGACAAUGAGUUCGUGUUAUUUGCCCCUCAAUUCUGCUCUGGUCAUCCCAUUGAACACAAAUAUGUUGAAAAAUGUUUCGGCAUUGUAAGCAGAGGAAAACGACCGAGUAUCGCGAGUGAAUCGAAAACGCACAUUCAUUCGCUACCAUUUAUUUGCAAAGUAACCAAAUUUACGAAAGUAACCUCUCUUAACACCCCUGGCACUAAAAGGUUAUUCGGUAUCUGUGAAAACAAGGCGUUGAUACACGUAGCUCAAAGAAAAAAAACCCAUGUAAAUCUCUAUUCUGCUAAGGAUUCAGACCCUAUUUUGGGGUAUAAUGUGGAAAUGAAAGAUGGUCAGCAUAUACUACGAGCAACACAAACAGAACUGUGGGUAAAGUUAGGUCCACUUAUCAGUGUGAUGAAAAUUACUGAAGGCACCUGUACCAGAACUGAAGAGAUAGUACAGAUGCACGAAUUCGUGAACGUUGCAUGUUCAGUACUUGAUGACAACCGUAUUAUUGCGUAUUCUGUAAAUAAUAAAUGUUUUUAUGAGGUGAAAACCGAUGGAGUCUAGCCGAUCACUAUAAAUGAAACAACACUAAAAACCAUCCCUGUAGAGGAAAAGCUUGCUAAUCUUGUAACCAUUGAACCUUUCAGUAUAAUCGAAACCUUAUCAAAGCACAUCAUGCUGACAAGCAAAGACAAAGUUAUCACACUUGAUAGAAAGUAUAUAAUCUGCAAUGUUCAUGAACGCAUAGGUUCCGAUUUCAAGGGCAUGUGUGAAGAUCCAUAUGGAAAUAUAUUCAUAGUUGAUUAUUCUUUAAAUAAAAUAUGUCUGUUCAAUUCCAGUGGUGAUUUUAUACAUUGUGUGUCAGUACAGGAAAUUAACUAUCCAGUGCACAUCACCCGUGAUUCGGUGGGAAAUGUUUGGUUUAAUGAUACUCUUGGAAGUCGUGUAAUGGUCUACUCUUACCUUUGAUUUUUCUAUUCUAAGCAAUAGAGAAAAAUGGAUAUUCAGAAAAUGACACAAAAGCACAUCGAAUAGUAAACAUUUUAAAGAAAUAAACUAAAUUAGUAGUGCACAUAUAUUUUACAUUAAAAUAAUAUACUUAAAAUAUUUACUUAUAUGCUUUUAUGAUGAAAGCGCCAAUUUCAUGUAAACAAAUUUCAAAUGUUUUGAAUUCAUAUUUUACUUAUACCAUGAAACUUGGACAAAUGACUGUUUGCAAAGUGCAUAUGCAUGAAGAAAGUGGUUAAUAUUCGGGAUA